AUGCAGCGCCUGGCCUCCGGGCCGUUCACGGCGCCUCUGCUGCGCGAGGACGCGCUGGCGUACCAGGAGCUGCAGGUGCUGCUUCCGGCCUUUGUGCGCGACUUCCGCGCCACGACGGAGACCACGCUGCCCGUGCCCGUGCCGGGCGCGGGGGCCGAGGAGGAGCGGGGACGCGAGGUUCCCGCAGAGAUGGAGACCCGCCUGAAGCGGCUGUACCGCAACCUGGCGCUGAAGUACCACCCGGACAGGAACCCCGACGAUCCGGAGGCCCCGGAGCGCUUCCUGGCCCUCACCCGCGCCUACAAGGCGCUGGUCGGAGACACGGCUGGGCCCGAAGAGGGCGACAAGGACGCCCGCGACCCCUUCCUGGACGCCAUGUCGAGCAACGUCAGGCCCAAGUUCAAGCAUCGCUGGCGCCAGGAGGGCAAGUACGGCUUCCGCCUGAACAAGGUGCAGGAGGCGGCGAUGGCGGAGCACGAGCGGCAGGACGCCAGUUCUAGCGGCCCCGCCGAGGGCGAAGAGGACCCCUGGGACUUCCUGGCGCCAGAGGACGAGGGCAAGGACGAGGACGGCGAGGAGCACGAGGACUUCCAAGUGAAGUUGGAGAUCGACACGAACUGGGCGGAGCCGCAGGCCAGCCCCGACGAGGCAGGCCCGCAUGGCGUCCGCCUGCUGGCGGGGGAGGAGACGCAGCCCGACGUGACCGAGAUGGACUCGAGCACGGCGGACGUCACGCUGAAUGGCGACCCCGUCAACAUGCCGUCGCUGCCACCCCCAGACGUCAUCGUCGUGACUCAGCCCCGCGCCCGCAAGAAGGGGGUUGGCACUCCGAGCCACUUCCGCAACUGGCUCCGGUCGACCGCGGUGAGGACGAUUGUCUACGUCAGCACGGACUCGGAGGCCUUCAGGGCGGACCUCGUCGCCCUGAAGGGCCUGGGCUACAAGCUGUCGCAGCUGCAGCCCUUCGACCCGGAGCCGCACCGGCGGGCGCUGCUGCUGGUCGCCAGGUGCGGGUGCGCGGAGGCGGGGUCGCGGCACGGCCGCCUCGCCACCUUCGCGCGGUCAAUGUGGAGCGAGAGGCAGCACACUGGCUAG